CCCAUACGUGUUUGCACACUGUUUUGGACUAUGGCUUCCACCACCUCAGGUGAUGCUCUGCCAUCAGGCGGAAGGAUCUUCACCAGCUUUCCUGACAUAUUCUUCAUCCCCGAGUUUGUGUUUGGUGGUUUGGUGUGGAUUCUGGUGGCAUCGGCUAAAGUUGAUCCGGCUAACCCUCUGGGCUGGGUGAUGUUUGUGUCUAUCUUCUGCUUCGUAAUGACAACACUCUGGUUCUUCAUCUUCCUCUGCGGAGGCAACCAGAGCAGCAUCUGGCCAGCACUGGAUGCAGGUUAUCAUUUUGUGGCGGUGGUUUUCUUCCUCAGUGCAUCAGUGGAUCUGGCCUAUGUUACCUAUGGGACUGGACAACUUGCACAAGUUCUACCAACAGCUGAACUUCUCAAAAUAUACCGACUGUACAUUUCUGCAGUGGUGAUGUCCUAUGUGGCCACUCUUCUCUACUUCGUCCAUGCCAUAUUCUCUGCCAUUCGAUGGAAGAGGUCCUAAAACAAGUCACCAACUCAAGAGAAAAACAACAACAAAAAAACGAAUAAUCACAUAGCUUUCACAAAUACAUUGAGAGGAAAAUUAUUUUUAUGCAUUUAUUUUGAAUCAAUAUGCCCAAACAUCAAAUUGAUGAAAAAGUGGAAAACACACUCAAACAAAAAUUAUAUUAUCACAUUAGCCUACCUCACAAUUUUCAAUGUUGUUUUUUAGAAUCCAUCCAUGUGAAGUGAGAAUUAUAAGUUUUCAGAAUUAAAUGUUGUUUAAAGAUGGAUGAGUGUAAAUAACUAAUGAAAUUACUAAUCUAAACAGAAGCAGGAAUGAUAUUAUCAUAACUUUUUAUUUCUUUGAUUUUUCACUGUAACUUUCAAUAGUAUACAAUUUAAAAGCUCAGUUCACAAAUUUUAUUGCACACUCACACACAAAAAAAACACAAAUGCAUUUUUUAAAACUCAAGA